AUGACGACGACAAUGCUCCCGUCAGGAGGCAUUGCCCUCGUCGGCGCCCCGAAUGGCGACAUUGGAGACAGACCACCGUCGGUGCAGGCCAUGCAGGUGGAGAUGACCCAGGACAUUGUCGACGAGCUCCUCGAGAGUAUGAGGAGCGGGAAACCGCCACAGAUUCUCUUUGGUCGGACUCCUCAACUGAAAUGCGGCGACAAGACCCACGUACUGCAGAGCAGUCCCGAGACGCACACAUACGAGCUGUACAAAUCCAGCGGGACUGGCAGCGACGAUGACCUCGAAUUCGCCGGCGUGAUCAACCACAACCUCAUUGUGCAGGAGGCCGCAGAUGUGACAGCGGGCGUUGAUUCGGCGUUAGCCACCCUCAAGAGUAGCAUGGCUGCGAUCUCAGAGUUCAAGGAAGCCAACAAGACUAUCGUCGGCGAUGCUACUCCUGUUCGCACUCCUGGGCACCGCCGUUACCCUUCGACAGGGUUCAAGCCGGUGCACCUUGCGCCUUCCAAGGUCGGCUCGCCGCUCCCAAGCAUGCCUGCCUCGCCCAUGCACAAACGCCCUCCUACAUCGCAGCCGAGCGGUACUCACGAGGCUAUCAUUGCUGCUCUUCGUGUUCCCGUCAUUCACUUGCUCGCCCGUGAGCCUGCGAAUGAGGCCUCUCUUGCUAAGACAUGUCGCACAUCUACCGCCAGCAUGCGGGAGCUUUUGCCCAAGAUUGCCAAGCGCUCUACCCAAGACACAGACAAGUGGCAGCUGACUGACAAAUCGUUCCGCGAAAUUAACCCCUAUAACUUUCCUUACGCAACCUCUGAGGAGCGAGAGCAGGCGAUCGAAGGUGCAAUCAAGUCGUUUGAUCGCCUCCGAUUGACGAAAGAUGACAAGCUUUGGCAGAUCUUGCUGCCACGUGAAGAGCGAGGACAGGGCAAAUGUUUAUCACGCUCGAAAGUGAAGCCGUUGGAGGCAAAGCCCAAAGCUUCGACUCCUCUACACAAGAUGUCAGAUUUCACCAAGAAGAAGCCUGCCGUGAAGAAGGCUGAUGACAAGACUGCGGAGAAGAAGGCCGACGGCGAGAAGAAAAUCAAGACGAUCAAGGAGGCCUCCUCUGACAGCAAAGCGGCCCCCCGCCCUGCUCUAUCGACUGAAGCUCCCAAGAUCCGUACCAAGAAGGUACCCACAGCCGAAGUCAACUCUUCCAACUCUACACCACGCACGAAGCCCAAGAUGGCUGUUGCACGCGAUUCUUAUCAGAACCGCCAGCAUAGACCCGUCAAGCCUGUCUACAACACGAAGCCAAAGAACCCUUCUCCUCUUUCAGCUUCACCUCCAGUCAACGCUAGCGACUUCGAGGACAGCCAUCCAGUCCAUAAGGCUCUUGCGGCAGCCGCUUCCCCUGUGAAGUCAUCGUACGGCAACUCUGAUCGAUCACUCAAGCGCAAGGCAAACGACAUUGAUAGCGACAUUCACAAUCACAGUCUUGCUGUGAAAAAGUCCAACGCCAAUCGCGCAACGCCUAACCACACCCUUUCGCACACCAACGGCAGGCUUAGCGGCUCUACUCCCUCGAGCAACGUCUCUCUCAAGCGCAAGUCUGACGAUUCCUCCACCUCCAACACACCUACUACUGCCCCCAAGGUCCGGAAAGUCGCCAGCAUCAAUGUCGGCCUUGUCUCCCGCUACACUCACAACAACUCUCACCCUUCUCCAGGCGACUCGUCGUCCUCGACUACAUCACCUACCAUCCCAAGCCUGAGUUUCCGCCAGACAGUCGAACUGUCUCAAAGGUUCCAAAAGUAUUACACCAAGUACGAAGAGCUGUAUUGGACGUUGACGGAGGCUACUUCUCCGCCGACCGAAGCACAGAGAAACGAUCUGCUCAAGAUGCACAAGAAGCUAGAAGAAAUGAAGAGGGAGAUCAAGGCCGGCGCCAGGGUGCAGCGCUGA